AUGGUGCUCGGUCUGGAUAAGCGUGCCUUAUGGGCGGCCUUACCGCUGCUUGGCUUUGCGAUUGGCCAUUUUCUGGAUAAAAAGGAAACGGAACGCAUGAUCAUGUUCCGCGACAAGAGCGCCCUCUACGCACGCCCCGCUGGCAGCGAAGACCAGCCGCCGUCCUGGUGAUUAGGCAUCAAGGUUGCAUACUAUCACUACAAUUUUUUUUCCCCCUCACUGUCGUUAAAAUAAACUGUAACAUGGCUAUGUGAAA